AUGGUCACAGCGCCAGGCUCGGAUAGUGAAUCUUCUAAUACUAAAGACUUGGUCUUGAAAUUCGAAUCACAUCCCGAGUCAAUGGAUGAAGAAGUCGGCUCUACCUCUCACCCAAGCACUUCAAUACCAAAUCUUGAUCUUAUAAAGUCUCUACAACACACAGAGCGCGAUGUGUUCUAUUCUACAUAUUGGGAGGAUAUAUGCCUACCGGCAUUACAUCCGAUGUUUAAGCCUACGUCACUUCUCACCUCCAAUUCUCCGAUGUUGACUCACGCAAUUCUAGCACUGGCAUCAUGUAAUAUGAGUCGUCUUCAUGCAGAGCGCAGAGAUUCUUCCAGGAGGCAUAUGGGAACUUAUAGCCCCAACCUUAUUCAUCAAACGAGAAGCCAGCUAUACUACUCGUUGGCUAUCAAAGAUUUCACUUCACUGAAGCAAAUCAAUACUAAAUCCAGCUUGGCUUUUACGGUUCUUGUUUUGUUUGCCUAUAUUGAAUCUUCCAUGGGGAAUUUCGAAGGGUUCAACUGCCAUGUGCAGGGCCUGGAAAGAUUCUUGGCUGAGUUGAAAGAUGAACCAGGAGAGGGUUCAUUCAACGCACUUCUCACUGCAUGGAUGCAAAUCAGAUUUGUGGUUUGGUGGGCUCGUGCCUACUUCAGUCGAUUGGAUAUUCAUCGAAACCUUCCUCCUGUUCCUUUACCUAGGAAGCUCGAGGGAAGGUUUGAAACAACGGAAGAGCGACGGGUCAAUGUCUUAAAUGUGAUGUGUGAAUCGCAUCGUCUCAAUUCCAAGGCUAUACUCAAGCACUGGAGCCAUGAUUCAGACCUUGAUGAUGAGUACGAAAUCACUUACUUGAAGCUGGCUCGUGAGGCCAAAAAGCUAGAUCUGUGGCUUUCAAAUCUUCCAAUAAUAGAACAGCCAUCAGAUUCAGAAUCCUAUUCUCAUCUCUCAAGUGAAGGAGGAUUGGAUAGGCCGAUAUUUUUUCAGUCACACGAUGCAGCUCUCAAUUUUGCAUAUUAUGUGCUGGCACGCAUUAUGCAGUGUACUAGAAGUCUACAUCAUCUUCAAAAUAGAAAAUUGCAUGAGGAGCUUGAACAUGACGAGGAACAGGGCUGGAUUAGACUUUUGCUUCAGAUUGCAAAUGGAAGCAGUAUGCAGACAUCCGUGUCGAAGAACAGCUACACAAUCGGGUUCUCGGGGAUUUUAUUGGCUGUUCUCCUACGUUGUCAAGAUUUAACACUGAGUUUGGAAAUUGAACGCUGGCUUGAUUUCCUUCACGCUCUACAGCCAACUGAGGAUGGCGCGUUUCCGAUAUAUCAAACUCUGGGCGUGGCGAGGAUGGUGAAUCAGCAAAGGAUGAUGGGGCGUGAAAUAUACGGAGUGUCUCAACUGGAGGAUGACGGUGGAGGAUUCCCAAAAUUCACGGCUUACAAUAGUCAAUCUAUCAGUAGCUUGCUGCUACAUGGAGUAUGCAACAUUACAGGGAGCCUGUUCACAGAGUGUGUUUCUAUUGAAGUAUGA